GUCCUGGGUGAUUCUCCGACUGUCAUACUGGGAUGAUGUUGACAUGAAAGCAAAACCAUCAACGUCCUCUAGCACAGAUUUGCAGCAUAAUCUACUGAUGGAAAAGCCAUGUCAGUCUGCUUCAGUGGGCGACCAGUGCCAUCAGGAACCAAGCGGCCACUUGCACUUUAUAUUAAUGACAGCUGACAACAUCAACAUUGUUUACCUCUUGAGGAAAACGCCUCCUUUCACAGAGACAUGCUUCCAUUUUGGCCAGGAGAGUGCAUCCUUGCCACCUGCAGUUAAAAGUGCUACAUCUGAGCUGAUGCAAGAAAUACCACUUGUUUGCACUGACAGAAUUCUUGAUUCUCUGCAAGACGACGAUUCACUUAGCCUUGCUUCGUUCGGGGACUUUAUUGCUAGUGAUGAAAGCUUCUGCGAGGAUGUAGAAGAGCUUGAAAAAUCUCUUGAUGUAUUGAAGAGUGUGGAGUCUGAUCGGGCGACUGAUUCUGCUGAAGAGUCUUGUUUGAGUUCACCUGACGACAUGACAUAUGCAUCUCUUGGUGAUCCUUCUGACUGGCCUGAAAGGCGGUUUCUUGUUUCUGAGUCACUCAAGAGCUCAGCAUCCAGUGAAAAUUGCACUCUCUCCAAUGCAGGUGGUAGUCCUGGUCUCAAGGAGCUUACCAUAUCAGCUGCUGAGAUAGCUAAACUGUUUGAUGAAUCUGGAUGUCCCGAACGAAAGCCACUCCACCCUGUUCAUGCUGUGGGGCAAAGCACCAAGCCAUCAGUCUCAUGGGAUCAGCUGGAAAGCACGCAAUGGCCUGAUUAUCUUCAGUGCAAGUACCAUGAUGUUUAUUACAACACAGACCAUGAAGUAUUGGAGAACUCCUGCAGUGCAAUGAAAGAGCAAUACUUAGUUAAUGAAACAGCUGCUACUUGCAGAUCUAAUCUGGAAAGUUCAGUGCAUCUCCAAUCCAAAUCCAAGAAACCUUCAAGCACGGCUUGUGUUCUUGUGAACAAGGACCGCACCACGCUGCAAGGCCACCAACAGAAGCAUUCUUUCUCAUCAACACGGAAGGAUCCUGUUGCAUCAACAUCUCUUCAGAGGAGCCCACAAAAGGAGAGCAUGUCACAAAAAACAGUCCCUCUAACCUGGAAUAGCCCACAAGCUGCUGCUUCUUCCUUUCUGCGAAAGAGCCCACGUAAAAAUACCAAACAGCACGAAUGUGUUGAACCAAGGUGUAACCAUCCAGUGGCUUCACUAGAGAAGUUUAUUGCCUCACGAAUUUACUGCUGGAAAAAUGUCAAGAAUCCGUCAACUAUGAAUGGAGUUGCAGAGAUCUAG